UGUAGUACUGACAUGGCGCCACAAUGCAAAAACGUGCAUCGCUUUAAUUCUAAGAAAAAUUAAUUAAAAAGAUUAAUUUAUCAAUGCCAUGUCGUCAAUUUUGAAUUGAGGAAAUUGUUUUAUUGCACAUCCGAUCUUAAAUUAUUUUGUCGAUAGUUCACAGUCACAGUUCACAAACACAGUGUGUGUGCUGCCUCGUGGCAGCACUUGUACGAAGGGAGAAUUAGGUUAACGUUUGUAAACGAAACUAAUUGUGUUGUGUAAUUUGUGACAAAUUAGAAGACUGAUACAAAUGUUCAUAUAAUAGAAACAACUAGGAACAGUUCUUUUUUUGCUGUUAAGUAACAUUAUCGAUCAUGGUUCGAAGUAGCGACAAAGAUAGGCAUCACAGAAGGCGGUCUAGAUCGCGUUCUAGAUCACGGUCUGCUACUCCGGAGAAGAAACGACGGCGAUCUCGAAGUAGAGAUAGGGACAGAGAACGAGAUAAAGGACGACACAGGGAAAGAAGAAGUCGUUCUAGAGAUCGUGACAGGGACAGAAGAGAUCGUUCUGAAAGGGACAGGGAUCGUGACAGGAAACGUGGAGACAGUAAAGAAAAGCGUCUUACAGGCUCAAAGUCUUCGCGUUCAGGCAAAGAUCGGUCGAAUAGAUCAAGAUCAAGAGACCGAAAGGAGAAAGAGAAGGGUGACAAUGAUGAAUUGCCGUUUGACCAUACUAAAUUAGACAAGGAGGAAGAGCAAAAAAGAUUGGAAUUAGAAAUGCAAAAGAGGAGAGAAAGAAUAGAGAGAUGGCGUGCAGAAAGGAAAAAGAAAGAAUUAGAAGCAACUAAGAAAGACGGUAAGGCAUCUAUUUUAGCAAAUCUACAGUUGCCUAUGAAAAAAUGGUCCCUCGAGGAUGACAGCGAUGAAGAGACGCCUGUUAUCCAAAAUUGCAACAAGGAAUGCAAAGAAGAUGGAGAAACGAAAGAAGAAAUGGAAGAAGUUAAGGAAGAAACCAAAUGCGAUGAAGAAGAAGUUGAUCCCCUCGAUGCGUUUAUGGCAGAGGUUCAAGAAGAAGUUCGUAAAGUGAACAAACUCGAUAAUAAGGGUGGAAAGAACGCGAAUAACGGCACAGGUGCCGGAGGUACUCAGAGCGGUGGUGUUGUUAUCGUCACUGGCGUAGCCAAAAAGAAAGUGCAGAAGCAAAAAGGGGAAUUAAUUGAGCAGAAUCAAGAUGGUCUUGAAUAUUCUAGCGAAGAAGAAGGCGAGAAUCUUCACGAAACCGCCGCUGGCAUCGCGAAUAAGCAGAAGCGAGAAUUAGCCAAAGUCGAUCACGCAACGACAGAAUAUCAGCCAUUCAGAAAAUCAUUUUACGUUGAAGUACCUGAGAUUGCGAGAAUGACACCAGAAGAAGUAGAAGCGUACAAAGAAGAAUUAGAAGGUAUCCGUGUGAAAGGCAAAGGUUGCCCGAAGCCUAUUAAGUCGUGGGCACAAUGUGGUGUCACGAAAAAGGAAUUGGAGGUACUAAAGAAACUCGGUUAUGAGAAGCCAACUCCUAUUCAAUGUCAAGCCAUUCCAGCAAUUAUGUCUGGCCGUGAUUUGAUAGGUAUAGCAAAGACAGGCAGUGGAAAAACGUUAGCCUUCUUGCUACCAAUGUUUAGGCAUAUUCUUGAUCAGCCUCCACUGGCAGAUGGUGAUGGCCCAAUCGCAUUAAUCAUGACACCAACUAGAGAAUUAUGUAUGCAAAUUGGAAGAGAUUCGAAGAAAUUCACAAAGUCUCUGGGAUUGUCCCACGUUUGCGUUUAUGGCGGAACUGGUAUAUCGGAACAAAUAGCUGAGUUAAAGAGAGGUGCUGAGAUAAUUGUAUGUACGCCAGGCAGAAUGAUUGAUAUGUUAGCUGCCAACAGUGGAAGGGUAACAAAUCUACGCAGAGUGACAUACGUAGUUCUUGACGAAGCGGAUAGAAUGUUUGACAUGGGUUUCGAGCCUCAAGUGAUGCGUAUUAUGGAAAAUGUUCGACCAGACCGACAAACUGUAUUAUUUAGCGCGACAUUCCCUCGACAAAUGGAAGCUUUAGCAAGAAGAAUUUUAACCAGACCUGUGGAAGUUCAGGUUGGUGGACGAUCUAUUGUUUGUAAGGAUGUGGAACAACACGUGGUGGUUCUUGAAGAAGAUCAAAAAUUUUACAAGUUACUUGAAAUUCUUGGCCACUAUCAAGAUAAGGGUUCCACUAUAAUAUUCGUCGACAAGCAAGAAAACGCAGAUACUUUAUUGAAGGAUCUCAUGAAAGCUUCGUAUUCCUGCAUGUCACUUCAUGGAGGUAUCGAUCAAUGCGAUAGAGAUUCAACGAUAUUAGAUUUCAAGGCUGGCAGGACGAAGUUAUUGGUUGCAACGUCAGUCGCAGCCAGAGGUCUGGACGUGAAGCAUCUUGUACUUGUAGUAAAUUACGAUUGCCCGAAUCAUUAUGAGGAUUACGUGCACAGAUGUGGAAGAACAGGAAGAGCUGGAAAUAAGGGGUAUGCAUAUACUUUCAUCACAUCAGAACAGGAACGGUACGCAGGUGAUAUUUUACGCGCUCAUGAAUUAGCCGGAGUCCCUGUUCCUGAACCAUUGCGACAGCUUUGGGAAGGAUAUAAAGCUCGACAAGCAGCAGAUGGCAAGAAAGUUCACACCGGCGGUGGUUUCAGUGGCAAAGGAUUCAAGUUUGAUGAAUCAGAAGCAGCCUUAGCAAACGAAAAGAAGAAAUUCCAGAAGGCAGCUCUGGGAUUACAAGACUCCGAUGACGAGGAUAUAGAGAACGAUAUUGACCAACAAAUAGAGAGUAUGCUUGCUCCAAAGAGGACGGUUCGCGAAAUUGCUAGACCUUCUGCCACUAACAUUGCGGUUCCUGGACAGCCUGUACCUAGUGCAACUGACAAGUUAGAAUUGGCUAGGCGAUUAGCAUCUAAGAUCAACAUAGCGAAGAAUUUGGGUGCUGAGGCAAAGGGUGCAACACAACAAGCGGCUGAAGCUAUACUUAAAGGUGCUGGUCCUACUAAUCUUAUUACAGCAAAAACAGUUGCAGAACAGUUGGCUGCAAAAUUGAAUACCAAGCUUAAUUACCAACCUCGCGAAGAAGAUCUUGUGGAAAGUGACGCAGAGGCUGGCGAACAAACCUUCCGUAAAUACGAAGAGGAAUUGGAGAUCAACGACUUUCCGCAACAGGCUCGGUGGCGGGUUACUAGCAAAGAAGCUCUUGCUCAGAUCUCAGAGUAUUCUGAGGCGGGUCUUACAGUUAGAGGAACUUACAUUGCACCUGGUAAAGCACCACCUGAAGGAGAAAGGAAGUUGUAUCUUGCUAUCGAGUCUACAAGUGAAUUGGCAGUUAGCAAGGCCAAAGCGGAAGUAUCACGAUUGAUUAAGGAAGAACUGAUCAAAUUGCAAGCGUCCGGAGCACACACUGCAUCUCGUGGUCGAUACAAGGUUUUAUAAAAAAAAGAAAAGAAAAGGAAGAAAUGUUCUUGUCUUGUACAUGCAAUUCUAUGCACUAUAAAAUAUUCGUUUCAAUGAAUAACAUAUGAGUAAACUUAGAAAUUUAUUAAACUUA